AUCAGCGCUUCGAGCACUAUAUACAUUCAGCUCUCACAGAAUUAUUUCUCCCCUGAAUUGCUGCCAGCAUGGUCAGAUACUUAUCCUCCGAUGAUGCAGUCAGCGCAUUUCAAGAACAAUUCCACAUCUACAUCCAUGAUCCGACACUAAGAACAAGCCUUGAGGGCCCUCGGCGUCACUGAUCGCGUAGCAAUCAAGGACCUGGCCUUUGAAGGUGACGGGACCCUCACGCUCUUAUUGCUAGCGGAAGGCCUGGCACGGCAUGCCAGCAGAGGUGCAUAUAUCCUGCAAUGAUACCUCCCAUCAAUAACAGAGGUGAUAAUGCAAGAGUCUUGAUGGCAGAGAUCCAUAUGUUCAUCUCUCGUGUCGGUAGUAACGUCUACCUUGCAAAACAGGCUCUCAGUCUAGGCCUGGAUCGUUACAUCCGAAAUAACUCUUCUCAAGGACGAUGGGUGCCUCCAACGCCACUCAGAUAUACCAUGGGGGCUAUUAUCGGUGCUGCUUUUGAGGACAGGGGCUGGGAUCUGGUCGAACUGCGCAGGCUCAUGGUUGCUUUGGGUGUCGCGUAGUCGAACACACGGUUAUAGGGUUUGUACUGUAACGGAUCGCAUGCUUGUAGAUCCGAUAGUUGUGCAGCGUGCAUAUGGUGUAUCUAAAAUGCUUCACUGUGUGGCAUGAUUUGAACGGAUUCAGAAGGACUCAGUUUGACCAGCUCCAGAGGCACCCUUGCAAGCGACAGU